GCAGUGCAUUUGAGCUCCAAUCAACGGAAUAAAAAAAAGGGGAGGAUUGUGAACUCGUUGACCUGUUUUCAUGGCUUCAGCAAUUUCAAUUCCUCUCCUGGAGGACUUGAACACCUCCCAAAUUAAUCAAGAUUCUGAGUUUCAUGCCUCCAAACCAAGUCUCACUUUAUCAGAGAUAAUUUUGGAGAUCAAAAUGCUGUACACAAUCGCGUUCCCCAUGAUCGUCACCGGCCUACUCAUCUACGGCAAGUCCCUCAUAUCCAUGCUCUUCUUGGGCCACCUCGGCAAGCCCGCUCUCGCCGGCGGGUCCCUUGCCAUCGGCCUCGCCAACAUAACGGGCUACUCCGUCAUAUCGGGCCUCGCCUCCGGCACCGAGCCCAUUUCCUCCCAGGCCUUCGGGGCCCGCCGCUGGCCCCUCAUGGCCCAAACCCUACACCGCACAAUCCUCCUCCUCCUCCUUGCAUGCAUCCCCAUCUCCAUCCUAUGGCUCAACAUCCGACCCGUCCUCUCCCUUUUCGACCAAAACCCCGAAAUCUCCAAAAUAGCCUCCACCUAUCUCGCCUUCUGCCUCCCGGACCUUCUUCUCCAGUCCUUCAUAAAUCCUAUCAAAAUUUAUUUGAGGUCGCAAAACAUCACUCUCCCGCUUAUGCUGGGCUCGGGUUUUUCCCUUGCCUUGCACGCGCCCGUCAAUUACUUGCUUGUAAGAAAAACGGGCCUCGGCGUGAAGGGUGUGGCUUUGUCGGUGGUUGUGGCCGAUCUCGUUUUUCUUGGGAAUCUGACGGUCUACAUGGCGUGGGCUUGGGGUUUGGGCUGGAAAAGGGGCCCGGCCCGCGAGAUUGAGUGGGUCCCGAUACUGAGCCUGGCCCUGCCGAGCUGCUGCUCCGUGUGCCUCGAGUGGUGGUGGUAUGAGAUCAUGAUUGUUCUCUCGGGCAUUUUGUCCAACGCCUCGGAGGCGGUGGCGGCCAUGGGGGUGCUCAUGCAGGCAACGUCGCUGGCUUAUGUGUUCCCGUCGGCGGUGGGGAACUGGCCGCAGACGGCGGGGUGUGGGGUGUUGAGGGGGAGCGCGAGGCCUGGGGUCGGGGUGAGGAUUAACCUGGGCUCGUUUUAUGGGGUGGGCCUGCCGCUGGCGGUGUUUAUGGGCUUUGGGAUGAGGCUGGGCUUGAUGGGCCUAUGGCUGGGGCUAUUGGGGGCCCAGGGGGUGUGCGCGGGGGUCAUGGUUUGGGUCUUGAGCAGGACGGACUGGGUGGUGCUUGCGAACAAGGCGAGGGAGCUAAUUGGGGCGGUGGAAUUAAAUCGUGAAGGAGAAGGAUUAGCAGCCACAAAAAUUGUAUACUGA